AUGCCGAAUCAGCGCACACGGGACUGGGUCUACUUCGCCUUUCUCGCGAUCCACAUCCCGGCAACCUUGCUCGUCGACAUCCAGGCACUGUUCUUCGCCGAGCGCUUGUCGCCGACUUGGCUGCGGCAGCUCUUCGUCUUUGCCGCCAAGGAGGACCCUCUCCUCACCAACGCGACGUCGCCGCUCUUUGCGUGGUUCCAAAGCUUCAUCCUCCUCGAGAUCAUCUUUCAGCUCCCCGUCUUCUUCAUCGGCGCUCGAGGGCUGUACAAACACGACCCGACCAUCUGGCCCCUCCUCGCCGUGUACGGCGCCUCGUCCUCGACGACCACGUUCGCCUGCAUCGCGACCGUCCUCCACACGCCCGGCCUGACGCAGGUGCAGCUCGUCAAGCUCCUCGUGUCGUACGUGCCCUUCAUGGUCGUCCCACUCGCGAUGGCCGUCGACUUUGGCGCGCGGUUGACGGCCGUCAUGAGGGCGGUCGGCGGCGGCGGCGGCGAGGGCGCGCGAGGAGGAAAGGCGAAGAGGACGUAG